AGGGUAGGCAAUUUGCGCUUUGUGCAAUCAGCCUUCGAGACAGUGUACUCAUCAAAUGUAAUUAUGUGAUUCGUGCCCAUCUGCAGAAAAUUACCUAAAAGUAUACUUAAUUUAAUAGGUGUAAUUUUGGGUCUAAUGGGGUGACAUACAGAGUAAAUACAACUCGUGACGCGGACGAGGGCUUGAUGAUGCUUUUUGCUUCCCGUAUAAAGUACGUCGCUUACUCCAAUCUUUCGGAGAACUUCGGUGUUAGGGUAGUUCCUAUUGCAAUCGAAAGCCAGCUGUGCUAGUUUGGUAACUCUCGGGGUUCAGUCACUAAACGGAUUCAAGUCACUGAGUCCGGAAGGAAAACAUACGACGACCAAAUGAAGAUGCCGAGCUCCGCCAGCCUUCUGUGCGCGUCCCUCGUUCUGUGCGUCGCCGUCUCUCAUUCAUUUGGGCUUGUUCUCUCCGCAAAAGAAAAAAGGGGUUGGACAAUAAACAGUGCAGGAUACCUACUAGGACCAGAGGCCUUGGCUAAUUAUCGACUCUUAAAUGAAAAGUCCGGCCUUGCUGGUAAACGUGACCUGCGAUUCGAAGACAACAUUAAAUCUGGUAACUUAGUAGAAACUGUCACUGAUGAAACUGCUGCUGAUAUAGUCACUGAAUUUCUCGUGUACUUGCACCUAAAAGAACUGCCACUCGAUGGACGUUUCCUUGUGUUUUAUGCACACCAUUUUCUGCAAACUCUAGAGGCUGUUAUGUGUGAAAAUCCAAGAUGAUCAGCAGUUUCUGGUAUACUCAAACCACCCCUUCUGGCACCAGCAAUCAUUCCAUGUUCAGAGUCACUUAGAUCAUAUUUCUUCCCCAUUCUGAUAUUUGGUCUGAACAACUGAAUCUCUUGAUCAUGACUGCAUGUUUUUAUCUAUUGAGUUGCUACUACAUGAAGAAUUAAAUAUUUGCAUUAAUAAGCAGGUUUACUGGUAUAUCUAAUAAAAUGGCCAGUGAGUGUACUUACCGUAGUAGGAAACAGUAAUAGUAAUUGAGUGCUUCAUAAGAAACACUCACAAAUGACUAAUGAAUAACACCAUUUAUAUACAUGGUGAAAAGAUGAUGGCACUACACAGAUCCUUGUGGAACUGCAAGAUUAAUAUCCUGCCAAUUUGACCACCUGGCCAUUAUCCUAACUCUGUCUCUUGUCUCUCUGGUGCAAAUUCCUUGCCAGGACAAUAAUUUGUCUUCAAUUUCAUAACAUUUAUUUUACAAACAUUAAUCUCCCAUAUUUGAAGUCUGAUUUCACCCAGCAUCAACAACUUUUGUGGGAACAAGUUUUGAUUUUCAGCGUCACUUGGUAAACAGGGUCUUGAUUUCAUCUGUUUUUAUUUAGAAGAUUACAUCCAAUUGUUAUGGACGUCUAUGAGCAGAAAUAUAUUUUAAACAUUCUAGCAAAUCCUUUAAAUUAUACUUUAAUUGUAUCAUUUAUUAUUGAAUGGUGACAGUAUAAAUCUUACAUUUCUCAUAAAUUCAUAAAGUUAAUAAAGGACAAACUCAAAGCUAAUAAUAACUAUGGAGAAAUUACAAUUGAAUUUGAGAUUAUUUGCCAACAGGCCAGUAUUACAUGCAUUUUGAGUACCUGCAAGAAAUGAAGCACCUGCAAAUAUCAAUGACAAAAGAGCUUUCCAAACUUGGCGAAAUGAUAUGACAGCAACAUCCAUUACAUUGGAUCUUAUGAGGAAAGCAAAGCAAUCCCCAUUCAUUAACACUCUCUUUCUAUCCAAGCCAAACCUGAAGUUAACAAUUCAUGGAAAAUCAGUUAUUAACAUGUAACAUGAGGUUAUACUUAUAAUCACAAGUUACAUAUCAACUAUGAUGAAGCAUGUAAAAUUCUCUACAUACAAUGACUGUUAUCACUCCAUAUUUUACUGUAAACAAACUAUGUUUUUUUAAAAAAUGUCGACAUUGGCAAGGGAUGAUUGUAAUUUCCAUUCUGGCCAGUUUCAGCAAUGAGCGCAUUAUUUUCACUGUGGUUACACACAGAGUUCUUCAGCUCAGCACCAAACCAAUAUUCUUGCAUCCAUAUCAACUUUUCAUUUCCCACAUUAUUCAUAUUUUUAAAGAAUUGCUUAUGACGUGGGCCUGUGUCCAUCAGAUACUGUAAUUUUACAUGCAAUCUUUGAUGCCAGAGAGAAGUACAGUGGAUUCCGGUUAACUGGGAUAUAUCAGGACCAGUACAUUUUAGCCCAAUUAAGCAGCUGUCCCAAUUAGCUGAAGCUUCAUAGAAAUAGUUAAAGAGGCAUAAAACAAGACAAACUACCACUUAACUGAGUAACAAAUUAUGUACUUAAAUAAAAAAAAACAGAACAAAUUAAAAUGCUAUCAAUACUACCACUACAGUGCUAUGAAACUAUUAGUUCUGAACAGUUGUCAACAAAGGAAUUAAUCCAGUGUAUGCUAUCACGUUCUUUUGAUUGUAAAUGGACAAAAUCAGCACAGAUACCUGAUAUCUAAUGGACUGCCUUCAUACAAUCUUUUCAAUGAUUACAUCCUCCAAAUCUCCAUUUUCAUUGGAACAUUCAAGAUGAUUGUCGAUACUUUCAAAUUCUUCAUAGUUCCUAACUUGUUGAAGUAGAGAAAUCAUUUCAGUUUCACUCCAGGAUGUUUCUGGCAUCUCCAAGUCUGAAUGCUUUGAAACACGGUGAGGAAAACAGUUCUGACUUGUCUUACUGUAUAUUUCUUGCCAAAUAUCAGUGGCAAAAAUCCCUGCUUUUUGAACACAAAUACACACAACUGAUGCUAUUGAAAAACUGUUCGCUCCAAGUACGGUGUAGUGUCUAACGGCCAUGCAAGUGCAUAUGACUGACGCGAGUUAGAAACUGUUCAGCAACAGUUUCCUGUCCCUGUUAAGUGGCAUAGUGUCCCAAAUAAACAAAAGGAAUCCCAGCUAUUUUCUUGAUUAGUUUUUGUUCCAAGAGUUAGCCCAAAUAAGCUACCACAAUUAUCGAAUGGCCCUAGUAAACAGAAUCCACUGUACCUUUCAUCCCACUGCCAUCAAAUCAUAUCAUAUCUCAUACACUGAGCCUUUCAUAUCAUCGUUAGACACAAAUAAAAAUAACACAAUACACUUUGAAACAGAAAUUUAUUGAUGAAAAUAACAAAGUUCAUUAAAAUGUUCAAGCACUGUGCACAUGUGUUCAUUAUUUAUAAAGCAGUUUUAUAUUCCACCUACAAAAGGACAUGCUUUUUGUUAAACAGCCACAAUGGGAAAAAUUAAUUUUUUUCCUCCAGGUAAUAUGAAGGGAGCUCAAAAUCAAAGGAAACAGGCAUACAACAUCAUACUAUGCUCUUCUGCAUACCGGCUUCACAGUGAUUAUCUUUUGAGAUUUUGGGCCCAAGUUCAAAAAAGGAUCUAGAACCAGAUGCAAUUGACAGCAGCUAUCAGAUCAUUUAAAAUUAAAUUAACCCUCAAAGCAGGCCACAUCAUUCAUCCUCCUGAUUUAGAAGAGUUGGAAUGAUGAUGAAAUAGAAACAGCUUCCAGAUUAUGGGGAGGUCAUCAAAACUGAAAAUGUUAAGAAUACAUUUUUGGAGUGCUUCUCUUAAUGCUUCUGCUGAGUUUUAUUCUGAGUUACCGACAAAUCUGACCAGCAUAUUCAGUUUAAUUUCAGUAUUCAAUUUUAGGUUAUCUUUUUAACAUAAAAGUUCAGGUUUUCUUUUAAGAAAGGGUGUACCAUGUAAUAUUGAUUCUUUGUAAACCAAUUGCCAUUCUUUACCUCCAAGCAAAUGGCAUGCAGAAUGUGUUUCCAUUAGUAUUACCACACUGUGUAAUUAACAUGCAUUUGGCAGUUCUGACUUUAUAUUCUAUUGUCACUGUUACUUUCAGGUAUUCAUCAUAGCUUGCUUAGCAUCAUUAGUAGUCAAUGCCUAAAUGUGCAAUACAUGCCUGUAAUACAGCAGAUUCUUACCUUUUCAUUCUUGUAAUUUUGAACCCUGUAAAUGUGUCAUUAUUUUAAAGCAUACUAAGUGACACUCACAGCUGUUCUUUACAAAAUACUUUGAUACAGCUUGAUACUUGAUUUUAGUCAUAUGAAUAUCAACAAAUGUAGUUUCUUAAGCAGCCCACGAUCUCACUAACAAAAAAAAAUUCAGCAUAUGAUAUUACAUUGAAAUUUUCAAACGGCUUUUCCUGAUCCCCAGAUCAUUGUCAAAGUAUGGAAACACUGAGGUGACAAUAAGCACAUUUGGCACAGUUCAGCUUCCAAAUAUGGUGCCAUAAAUGUGCAAUAAUUUAAUUAACAAUUUUGUGUACUAUGUUGUUGGUUAAUGCAUAAGAGUGUAAUUGUUUUUAGUUUUGAUCAACACCAAGGUCAAGGUAAAACUGGUUAAAUUUAAAGUUACGCUGCUUUAGUGCUGUUCUUUCAUCUAAUUUGAGAAAAAUACGUACUACUAUAUUCAUAUUUUAAUAAUAGCCACACAAUUGAGCUUGUCAGCUAAGUAAUAAAGAAUGCUCAGGAUACAACAAAACCAGCAUUAAAGACAAAUUCAAUUAUGGUAUGAUAGCAGCACCUAAAAAGGAAGGAAUUUUCAAUGCAACUGGCUCUAGAGUCUAGACUAAAAUUGAGCAAGUCAGCUAGUCCCAAAAUCAUUACUUGGCUUUUCUGUCUUUUCACCUUUCCAAAAAGUGUAAUGUACCAUAUUAAUCUUGCCAUGACAGGUGGAGAAUAAAAAAUUACACACUUUUUGUGGGUAAUUUUAAAUUUAAUUUUUGUUUUGUUUUAUGCCCAACAUUAUGGGAAAUGUGAUUUUUUAAAUCAGUUUCCCUGCAGUUCCUAUCCAUAUGAACAAUAACAUCCCAACAGCAGAUCAGGACAAAGUAAUAAAACACAACUAUGAGCGAAGAAACUUUAUGUCCCAGACAUUAUUGGUUCAUAUCACAAAUAUUCUGUAGCUCUUUUAAUUGUGUACUAAGGUUCACUGCAACCCUCCAAUAAUACCAGCAUCAUCACUGAUAAACAGCAUAUCUCCAGUGUUCGGCUAAUGUAUUCUAGUUAAUUCUUCAACAAUUUUUAUCAGAUCAUCUACAGUUGCUUCUCUUUUCAUC